AUGGUGCGAUUAACCCGAACCAAAGUGACGAAAAAGCCCGCGACCACCAAGGCGGUGUCCAAGAAGCAGAGCGCCAAGACCGCCAAGGUCAACGGAGUCAAGGCGGCGGCGGCCAAGCAGGAGCUGGAGAAGAAGACGGUCAAGGAGGAGAAGCCCAUUCCCGCGGCCAAGGCGCCCUCAAGGCUGCGACUGUCGGCCAUCCAGCGAAAACAUAAACACAGCCCGACGCUGCUGCCCCUUCCCUCCAUCAACAAGGUGGAUUGCGAGGUGUUUGCAUUCGGAACCGGAGACAUGUGCGAGCUGGGUCUGGGUCCCGAAAAGGCCUCCACUGUCAAGCGACCCCGUCUAUCGCCCUACCUGUCCAAGGAGAUUGUGGACAUUGCCGUCGGAGGCCAGCAUGGACUGGUGCUGGACUCCCAGGGACGAGUGUGGUCGUGGGGAGGCAACGAUCUGGGAGCCCUGGGACGAGACACCUCGGGCCAUGAGGUGCUCAAGGACAUGGACGCAGACGAGUCCGACGACGAGGAUGACCCCAAGCUCAACCCUGCCGAGUCAAUUCCCGCCCUGGUCGACACCGACCAGCGGUUCGUCAAGAUUGAGGCUUCCGACUCCCUGUCUCUGGCCCUCACUGCUGAGGGAGACGUGUGGGCCUGGGGCUCGUUCCGAAACUCCCAGGGAACCAUGGGUUUCAGCGACAAGGUCAAGGUCCAGAACCGGCCCGUCAAGAUCGAGGAGCUGUCUAACAUUGCCGCCAUUGCUGCUGGCCGAGACCACGUGCUCGCCCUGACCCAGUGGGGAACCGUGCACACCUGGGGAGACUCGGAAAACUUCCGUCUGGGAUGGAAGUCUAACCGAUCCACCCUUUCUCCUCGAGAGCUAGGUCUCAAGAACAUUGUGUACGUAGGCGCCGGCGAGUUCCAUUCGUUUGCAAUUGAUACCGACGGAAAGGUGCUUGCCUGGGGUCUCAACCAGUACGGCCAGUGCGGUAUUCUGGGCCAGAGCGACAACGCUGCCGUCGACGGACCCACCUACGUCGAUGCUCUUGAUGGAAAGGACAUUGUGGCCGUCACUGGAGGAGAACACCACUCUUUGGCUCUGUCCAAGGACGGAACCGUCUACUCCUUUGGACGAUACGACUACCACCAGAUUGGCUUCACCACCAAGGAUCUUCCCGAGGGCACCGUUCGAGACGACAAGGGCAACCCUCGAUUCCUGCCCGUUCCUUCUCCUCUUUCUCUCGGCGGAGAGGACGACGACGAGAAACUGCCCAAGAUGCGCUUCAUUGCCUGCGGUGCUCACCACUCCCUGAUCAUCGAUGUUGACGGCCGUGUGUGGACUUGGGGCUUCUCCUCGUCCUUCCAGACAGGCCAUGCCGAGGAGGACGAUGUCGAGACCCCCCGAAAGAUCAUGAACACCGCCAUCAAGCCCAUCGAUGUCAAGAUGGCUGGUGGAGGAGGCCAGUUUUCGGUUGUUGCUGGUGUUCGAAAGGAGGAGUAA